AUGAAUACCGUCAAGAGCUUCCUCCUCCAAGCCGCGAUCACUAGUGUCGCUCUUGGGCAGUUCUGCGAACAUCAGUGGGAGGGGAAAUUCGCAGACCAUGAGGUAGAUGGCGUCCCGUAUCUACAAGCGAGGCAGAAUGUCGCUCCGCCUCCAUUAGAGAUUCGACCCCUCAUCGUGAAUGGUCCGUCAAGCAAUCGUGUCGAUCUCAUUUUCUUCGGUGACGGAUAUACCGAAGAUGAAAAGGACAAGUUCUUCGCCGAUGCUCUGUUUCUCGCAAAUAACAUUACUGACGGACAGACAUUUGUCGAUGUGCUUCCCGUAUUGAACUUCUGGGCUGGAUUUUCACCAAGCAACGAGUGGCGUUGGUACUGCACCGUCUAUGGACUUUACCGCGAUGGUACUGAGCUUCGUGGUGUAUACUACGAUAAACCCGAAGUAGCACGCGCUGCCUGUCAGUCAACAGACGCAUGCGAUUUGCCCAUUCUUCUUGGGAACGACCCAUUGUACGGGGGACUAGGGGGCACGUUCACCGUUACAACCUCCUCGCCUAAUAAUGGACCUGUAAUUAUUCGUCACGAGUUAGGCCACUCGAUCAUUGGCGUAGGCGAAGAGUAUGACGGCGGCGAAGUUUACACUGGCGUUAAUGCGGCAAAAUCCACCAACUCGGUGCCCUGGACGCAGUGGUAUACAAAUGCGUCUACCGAGCCUAAGAUCCAGCGGACAAAUAUGCCAGUACAGGCAUAUCCCUGGACACUGCUGAAUACGUCGCAGAGCUGGAGCCAGACUUUCACCUCAGCAGGCACAUAUUCCACUCAUCUCCUCCAGGUCAGCGUAAGUGGCGUGACGGCGACUAGUGACUUGCUGGUAGAGAUCGAUGGGAAGGACGCGGGAUGGGAAUGGAAUCCCGCAGUUGGAGAGGAUCGCUACAUUUACAAUAUUAAGAUCAACGAGGCACUAACUCCAGGUGAACAUGAGAUUAAAUUCACACUACUAAACGAGGAUAGGCAAGGAAGCGCGCAGCUUUGUAGUUUCGAGGUGCUUGAGUAUGGGGAUGAGGAAGAGUUCGACUUUGAGCCACGAUACCACGGAUUAUAUCCAACAUUUUCCAGCAGAAACGUAACCUCAUACAGGCCGACAAACGAUCUCUGCCUAAUGCGAGACACCUAUUCUUCUAAUUUCUGCGACGCCUGCAUCGAGGGGUUGUGGCUGUCUCUGCUCGGCCGACUCACCCUGAUCGACAACAUCACGCAGGAAGCUCAGCUAGACGGCUCGACAAACGCCACUCUUAACUUGCUCCCCCUUGCCAAUCUCAGGCAAGUGCCAAACCCGCAUCAGGAAACCUAUUCGAUUCUAUGGUACGGAGUCGAUGGAACCACGGUUCUGAAGGAUUGGACUAAUAGCACAACUGCGCUUCUUGGACCUAACAUCACGGAGUUUGGCGUCGAGGUUAGGUUUUGGACCGAGCAGGUUAGAGUCGACAGUGCCGGAGUGCUGGUGCAAAAGGAGAGAUAUGCGGUGGAAUAG